CUGGGUUUACGUAGUGUGUAAUUAUAAAAUCGUGUACUUUCGCGAGUAAACUUUCUGUGUCGCUUUAUGUUCACAAUUGCCUACGUGGAAAACAGGAGUAUCACCGUCGUCACUAAGCAAUUCUUGUUUAACUGAUAUAAAACAAAGAUGAGAAGAGGAAAAUCGGUCUAACACACGAAGGAACUGUGAAUGGAGAAACUCUCGUACAUAUAAGAGAAGAAUCAAACACAAGUUUAGCAAUGUCAAACAUGCACUUGGUAAACAUCAGCAGUAGCAGUAGCAGGAGGGAGAUUGUACGCAUUGCAUUCCCAACAUUGGUGCAUUAAAAUAAAUGCAGAGCCCGCCAAAAAUAAUAGGGUUACUGGGUUCUCUGUGUCACCUUUAGCUUUAAAGCCUACUUAUUUCAAAUCCUUCGUCUUCUUCUAUUUCUUCCUCUCAUUUGUAUAUUCCACAGCUACAGCAACAACAACAAGAUGCUUCGAUCGAAUCAGCAACAGCCUUCAGAAUAUAAAGUCGUCAUCGCCUACGAUUUCGGUACAACCUAUUCCGGAGCAGCGUAUGCGUUUACACAUUCCACGCCUACAGAAGUGUUUGACAUUCAGAAAUGGCCUCAUAAAGCUGGUAAUUUUUUCCCAAAGGUGCCCACUUUGUCUGUCUAUCCACGUCAAGAACCAGCAUCACUAGAGCAACAACAACAACAACGACGACGACCGAAAUUGUCAGAAUGGGGGCAUGGCGCCAAGAAGGCGAUGCUCAAACCACACGCUGCCAAGCAAAAUGUACUUCUUUCUCACUUUAAACUCCACCUGGAUGACUCCCUGCACAGACCACCGCUUGAAAAUGGCUUGACACCCGUUCAAGCCGUUGCAGAUUACUUGGCAGCGCUACACCAGCAUACGGUACAAGAAUUAACGCGUGGCUUUGCCAAGAACUACCAUCCAGAUACGUUCAGGUACUGUCUGACUGUCCCUGCAUUAUGGUCUGACCGGGCCAAGCAUAUGAUGCGUCAAGCUGCCAUCCAGGCUGGAUUGAUUGCUCCGUCCGAUCCAUCCGACCGACUCGUGCUUAUUUCAGAGCCAGAGGCUGCCGCAUUGUACUGUGAGGAAACCAUGGCGGAUCAGGUUCAGUUACAAGACAAUGAUCGGAUCAUGGUGUGCGACGCUGGCGGUGGCACGGUCGAUUUAAUAGUGUUUCAGGUCAACUUUUCAUCAUCACCGUCAUCCACUGAAGAAGGAGAUGGUGAUGAAACUACUAGUGUCCGCAAAAAGCGACAACUUAAAGAAGUGACGAAGGGCAUGGGCGAAAGUUGCGGCAGUGUGUUCCUGGAUGACAAAUAUCAUGAUUUGUUGGAGGCAAAAUUGGGCACGCAUGUCAUGAGCAAGAUCCAGCCACGCGAAAUGAACGAUCUGAUGGAUCAGUUUAUCGAUAGCAUCAAACCCGAGUUUGAUGGUAUCGAUGAUCAUUAUGUCACCUUGCCGCGAUCCGUGGAACUAGAGGAUUUACCGGCAAGUCUUCGUGAUUAUGAUGACGGUUCUUUGGAUGAAGGUACGAUUAAAUUGUCAGCGGACGAACUUAAACAGCAAGUGUUUGAUCCAAUCAUUGACAAAGUGUUGUCACUUAUUGAACAUCAAUACCAACAAAUCCCGGAUGGCCAAUUAAACUAUCUUUUCCUUGUGGGUGGAUUUGGCUCGUCGAAUUACUUAUACCAAAGAAUCCAGCAAGUUUUCCAAGACACCAAGGUAAAUCAGAUCGUAUGUCCGGCAGAACGCGCGGCUCUGGCCGUUGUUCGAGGCGCAGCCUAUUAUGGGAUCCAUCCACAAGUCGUCGUUUCGCGAGUGUCAAGACGUACAUACGGCAUCAACGCAGGCUUGCCUUUUGACGAUGAGAUAGAUCCUCCUUCAACACGGAUCGUACGACCUGAUGGCAGUGUGCGAUGCACAUCACGGUUUUUGAUGUUUGUCAAGAAGAACGACGUGCUUCCUGUCGACCAUUGCAUACGAGAGCAAAUGUAUGUGUACUAUGGAACACUGAAGCACACCGAUAUCAUGCUUUAUGCGACAGAGAAUGAUACGGUGCCACGGUAUUACGAUGAGCCAGGCGUACGUCACGUUGCAGCCAUAUCCGUGCCGAUCCCUGAUAUGCCCGGUGUCAUGAUUGGCGAACGGAUUGCAUACAGCGUCAGGUAAACCCAAUUCGCUCCAUUGUCUUUUUUUCCGCAAACUCAAAAGUUCUUUCCCUUUAUACGUGUAGAAUGUACUUUGGCACGACGGAGAUUCGAAUGGAGGCCGAUUUUGGCACAGGCCAAAAAUACAAUGUGUAUUGCGACUUUGAUGCAGCAGAUAAAUACCAAGUAAAAUAAUAGCCAUGGUCGAUCGACGAAAAACGUAUCAAGAGGGAAUGGGGUCCCCAUGCACACACACGUAUCCUUUGUUUUUGUUUUUAUUGAUUUUGUACAUUUGUUUUUUUGCUUUCUUUCUUACCACUCUGAUAUAUUAAAUUGACAUGCGGGGAUUCUCGAAGAUCCAGAAUGAGUUAGACGGACUUGAAUGGUUCCCCCCAGAUUACCUAGUACCUGUCAAAUUUAUAAAGAAAAAAAGAGGAGAGAGGGGAGAGAGGGCUGUGUGUAGCAAAGAUAUAGCAGUAGUAGCAGUAGCAGCUGAACAGCUUAGAAUAACAAUCAC